GAAGAAGAAGAAGGAGGUUAUUUAUGCAGGAGCAGAUGUGCUGCGAUGGAUUUACAACCAUGGCUUUCUACAAGGUGAUCUGUGCGACCACUGUGCUGCUGAUUCUGCUGCUGCCAGAGUCUGAGUCACAGCUAGACGUUUGUGGUCUGGCGAGUCUCAACACCAGGAUCGUUGGAGGACAAGAUGCCCCUCCAGGUUUCUGGCCCUGGCAGGUCAGUGUGAACUCAGUUGGAGGGUUUCAGUUCUGUGGAGGAUCCCUCAUGAACAACCAGUGGGUGCUGAGUGCUGCUCACUGCUUCUCCAGAGUGCGCAGUGCGAUUGUGUAUGUGGGUCGUCAGAGCCAGCAGGGGUCCAACCCCAAUGAGGUUUCUCGGACUGUAUCACAGAUCAUCAUCCAUCCCAACUACGACUCCUCAACUCUCAACAACGACAUCGCCCUCCUGAGGCUCUCAUCAUCUGUGACUUUUAGCACCUACAUUGCACCCGUCUGCCUGGCAGCCUCAGACAGCACCUUCCACGCUGGCGUUAACACCUGGGUCACCGGCUGGGGCACCAUUGCAUCUGGAGUGAGCAAUCCUUUUCCACAAAACCUGAUGGAGGUGCAGGUGCCGAUUGUGGGAGGCAGACAGUGUAACUGCAGCUAUGGAGUUGGUCAGAUCACUGACAACAUGCUGUGUGCCGGCUUACCUGAAGGAGGGAGGGACUCCUGUCAGGGGGAUUCAGGAGGUCCAUUGGUGAUUAAGCAAGGCAAUAGAUGGAUUCUUAGCGGCGUCGUCAGUUUUGGAAAUGGUUGUGCCUUGGCUAGGUUCCCAGGAGUUUACACCAAAGUGUCCAGGUAUCAGACCUGGAUAAAUGAACAGAUCAUCAGCAACCAGCCGGGCUUCAUCACCUUCAGGUCCACAGGGACUGACAGUGACCUCAGCGUCACCUGUCCAGGCCUGCCACCAGUUACAACCACCCUCCCUCCAACCACCACACCCAAACCGGUGGUCUGUGGACAAGCUCCGAGGAAUUCUCGUAUUUUGGGGGGAAGCUCGGUGGCGACAGAAGGCGUUUGGCCAUGGAUGGCAAGUCUGCAGAAGAAUGGAAGUCAUGUGUGUGGUGGGACUCUGGUGGCCGUGGACUCUGUGCUGAGUGACGCCAAAUGCUUCUCAAGCCUCCCUGUAGCGUCUGACUGGACUGUAGUGCUGGGUCGCCUGAGGCAGAACGGAUCCAACCCAUUUGAGGUGACGAUGAAUGUGACAAAUAUAACUCUGAGCAGCCUGAACGGAUCCAACGUCGCAGUGCUGACCCUGUCAGGUCAACCCACCCUGUCCGACUACAUCCAGCCCAUCUGCCUGGACAGUGGGCGAACCUUUGCUGUGGGAACAGUGUGCUGGGCCGCCGGCUGGAGCUCUGGACGAGGAGGAGAGGAGCAAAUCUUGCAGGAGCUCCAGACCUCGAUAGUAGACUGUGGAAACGCAUCAUCCAGUGACAACAUUUGUACAGGAAAUUUUACACUGGAGCAGGGUUAUUCUGGCAGCCCGCUGAUGUGUAAAGAGGAGGGCACUUGGUUCCAGGUGGCUGUAUUAUCGGUUGAAAACAAUUCCAUUGAAGAUAACUCCACUGAAAUCAGCUUGACCCCAGACAAUUCCACCAAAAUCAUCUUGACUGAGGACAACUCCACCAGAGUCAGACUGACCCGUGAAUUUCGAGCCAACAACCUGCAGGUCUUCACCAGAGUGAGCCACUUCCAGAACUUCCUGACUCAGACUCUGGGUACAUUACUGUCUCCAGCCUCCACCAACAACACCAUCAACAUCACCAUGACCAGCAACACCACCGCAACAACCAACACCCUCGCGACCACUGACAGCACAAAUACCACCAACAGCACCAACAGCACCUACACCAGUGCAGCUGCCACUAUUUCUGUGACCACCGGGGGAGCUCCUGUUCACUCUUCCUCCGUCUUCUUUUUCUUUCACCACUUCCUCCUCCUCGCCUUGGGUCUCCAGCUCUUCUCAUAGAGAACUUCAGCUGAUUUACAUGUGAGAAGCACAAAUGAAUGUGAGCAGCCUUGAAUGUGAGAAAUGUUACAGGCUUUAAACUGCAUCAUCUGAUCGCUGAGUGGAUUCUGACACUAUCGGUUGACCAAUAGGAGCUGAGUAAUGAAGUAGGCAGAGUUAAACCAGGCUUUCAGGUUUCCUACAGUAUAAGUCCUGUUUGUUUCCUUGAUGAGCAGGAAAAAAGAACCAUUACUACAACUACAGCAAAGAGACAGCUUUGGAGCAGAGCAUGCAAUGUUAAAUGUGAACUCGGUGCAAUGUUAGCCUAACUAACUUUGUGGAACCAUGUUUGAACUGAUUUAGUUCAGGUUAUGUCUUAGUUUCAUAGUAAACAUGCACAUUUUUUUGAGACACUAGCUGCCAAACUGAGAAAAAAUCUACUUUAUUCAGAAAUAUUUCCCCAUGUGAGUAGAAUCAAGAACUACAAAAUGAGCUCUAAUUGUCAUUGAGUAGUUCAGGUUCACACUGGGAAUCUGGACACUACAGGUGACACAUUUGCGCUUAGAAAAAUAUGAUUUUUUUCCUUCACACCUCACUACUACUUGGCAUGUUCAUUAGUUCUGUCAGCUGGACUUUAUUUUGAAGGGUGUAGAAAUGCGAGUGUGAAUGAAGAACUUUGAAAGUUUCACCUGCACUGAACAGAUGUGUGUGAAUGUUGCCCAGCAAUCCGGCAUUUCAUGGUUUUUGAUGCACCAUAAAUCAGAUCAGAAUUAUUGUAGAUUCUUUAAACAGAUGCAAUGAUAAGAUAUGUGGAUUCUUUAUAUAUCGUAUAUUUGCUGUUUCAGAAUUUGGAAGUUUUAGGAAUACAAUCUACCUCAUAUAAACAGACAGCUGCUGUACCACUCUGUAAAUUCCUAUCCAAAAAGACGAUGCACUUAAUGUUUACUGACAGUAUUUGCUCUGUGUAUACUUCAGCUGCACUGUAAUUAUUUAACUUGGAUGAUAAUUCUUCUUUUUGAAUCUUUACUAUCAGAUUUAAUUUUGGAUGGACACAUUGGACAUCCUGCCACAGGAAAUUGUGUUUUUAUCAGGGGGGGAAACUGACCAUGUUGUAAAUAUUGUCGGGAAACAUAUCGUCUGCAUUUCCCCUCAAACCUAUGAAUAUGUGUCCUGUACAUGUUGUCUGUUUGAGGUAAUAACCUGCUUUUAAAUGAAGUGACGUCUUCUGCUACGUUGUGAUUGCACUUAUGAGAAACACAUUAAUGUUGGAGUUGUUCAAUACGUAGAAAAACUAUUUUAAGGAAUACACUGAAGGUGUGUGAGUGUGUUUACAGUCCAGUUGCACAUAAUUACAUAUGGUUUAAACUCCUGAAAUUUGGCUUUUGAUUAAUUUCAAACGCAUUUUAUGUUAUUCUGAACAAUUUUUUUAAUCAUUGAGGCCAAUCUUUGUAGUCGUUGUGGACAGUUUUUUUACUCUAAAUGGACAAGUCGAGCAGCUUAGUUCUAUGUUUCCUUUCAGUCACACUGAAAACAAAAAAUAUUUUGGAAAGCUGCAAAUUAGUUUAGUGGUAAGUGGCAAAUAAAUAACACUUGAGAGAAAAUGUUUGAUAGCAUGAUGGAAACUUAAACAACAAAUCUAUAAAUAAUAUUGAUGUUUCCAACUGAAAAACGUGAAUGUAACAGUGGAGGGUGAAACUUUGGACUGUACAGGUAAGAACAAUGUGUUCAGGUGUUACCUGAGUGUGAUUUCCAGCAGAGGGAGUUAUAAGCUCUAAACCAGUUCAGAAUGCAGUUCAGUUACUCCUCUGGCUUGCAUGUUUGAUAUUUAAACUGAAGAAAUGAAAUAAUAGAAGUACCAGGCUUCAUGUUCUGAUCAGGUUAACCCUGUUGUCUUUAUUGUUUUGUUGACAAAAUGACGCCAAAUAUCAUCAACUGUUUGAUUUUCAGGGCUGCACAGUGGCGUAGUGGUUAGCACUUUCGCCUUGCAGUGAGAAGAUCCCUGGUUCGCGUCCCGGCUUUCCCGGGAUCUUUCUGCAUGGAGUUUGCAUGUUCUCCCUGUGCAUGCGUGGGUUUUCUCCGGGUUCUCCGGCUUCCUCCCACAGUCCAAAAAUAUGCUGAGGUUAAUUGAUUAUUCUAAAUUGCCCGUAGGUGUGAAUGUGAGAGUGAUUGUUUGUCUUUGUAUGUGGCCCUGCGACAGACUGGUGACCUGUCUAGGGUGUCCCCUGCCUUCGCCCGAGUCAGCUGGGAUAGGCUCCAGCCCCCCCGCGACCCUAAUGAGGAUUAAGCGGUGUAUAGAUAAUGGAUGGAUGGAUGGAUGUUUGAUUUUCAGCUUUCCAACAGUCGUCAAAUAUAUGUUUAAUGGCUUUUACAGGUAACAGCUGUUGUCUUGAAUGUGCUUUAUAAUAAUAAUAUAAAAAAAUAAUAAUUGACUUAAGUGUUUUAUAAUGUAUUGCAUGAUUUGGGUCGUUUUUAGAUGUUUGAAUUUGUUUUCAUUAGAUUGUAAAUUUGUUGUCAAUAAUAAAGUUAUCGUUAUUUUUAGUAGUA